GGACAGGGACGGGCGGCCCCAGGUGGUGCGUGUCGGGGGCGAGGAGAGUGAGGUCACCGUGGGGGGCCUGGAGCCCGGACGCAAGUACAAGAUGCACCUGUACGGCCUCCACGAGGGGCAGCGCCUGGGCCCGGUGUCUGCCGUGGGCGUCACAGCUCCAGAGGAUGAAGCCGAGACCACCCAAGCAGCGCCCACCACGACCCCUGAGCCCCCCAUCAAGCCUCGCCUGGGGGAGCUGACCGUGACUGACGCCACCCCCGAUUCCCUCAGCCUGUCCUGGACGGUCCCCGAGGGCCAGUUUGACCACUUCCUGGUCCAGUACAGGAAUGGGGACGGGCAGCCCAAGGCGGUGAGGGUGCCGGGGCACGAGGACGGGGUCACCAUCUCAGGCCUGGAGCCAGACCACAAGUACAAGAUGAACCUGUACGGCUUCCACGGUGGCCAACGCGUGGGUCCCAUGUCUGUCAUCGGGGUGACGGCUGCAGAGGAAGAAACUCCCACCCCCACAGAACCCAGCACGGAGGCCCCAGAGCCCCCUGAGGAGCCGCUCCUGGGGGAGCUGACGGUGACAGGAUCCUCCCCUGACUCGCUGAGCCUCUCCUGGACCGUCCCCCAGGGCCGCUUCGACUCCUUCACCGUGCAGUACAAGGACAGGGACGGGCGGCCCCAGGUGGUGCGUGUUGGGGGCGAGGAGAGCGAGGUCACCGUGGGGGGUCUGGAGCCCGGACGCAAAUACAAGAUGCACCUGUACGGCCUCCACGAGGGGCGGCGCGUGGGCCCGGUGUCUGCUGUGGGUGUGACAGCUCCAGAGGAUGAAGCCGAGGCCACCCAAGCAGUGCCCACCGCGACCCCUGAGCCCCCCAUCAAGCCUCGCCUGGGGGAGCUGACCGUGACUGACGCCACCCCCGAUUCCCUCAGCCUGUCCUGGACGGUCCCCGAGGGCCAGUUUGACCACUUCCUGGUCCAGUACAGGAAUGGGGACGGGCAGCCCAAGGCGGUGAGGGUGCCGGGGCACGAGGACGGGGUCACCAUCUCAGGCCUGGAGCCAGACCACAAGUACAAGAUGAACCUGUACGGCUUCCACGGUGGCCAGCGCGUGGGUCCCAUGUCUGUCAUCGGGGUGACGGUUGCAGAGGAAGAGACCCCCAGCCCCACAGAACCCAGCACGGAGGCCCCAGAGCCCCCUGAGGAGCCACUCCUGGGGGAGCUGACAGUGACAGGAUCCUCCCCUGACUCGCUGAGCCUCUCCUGGACCGUCCCCCAGGGCCGCUUCGACUCCUUCACCGUGCAGUACAAGGACAGGGACGGGCGGCCCCAGGUGGUGCGUGUCGGGGGCGAGGAGAGCGAGGUCACUGUGGGGGGCCUGGAGCCCGGGCGCAAGUACAAGAUGCACCUGUACGGCCUCCACGAGGGGCGGCGUGUGGGCCCAGUGUCCACUGUGGGCGUCACGGCGCCCCUGCCCACACCGCCGCCCGUGGAGCCCCGCCUGGGGGAGUUGACGGUGGCAGCCGUGACCUCAGACUCAGUGGGCCUCUCGUGGACCGUAGCCCAGGGGCCCUUUGACUCCUUCCUGGUGCAGUACAGGGACACGCAGGGGCAGCCCCAGGCAGUGCCUGUGAGCGGAGACCUCCGAGCGGUCACCGUCUCAGGGCUGGACCCGGCCCGCAAGUACAAGUUCCUGCUCUUUGGACUCCAGAAUGGGAAACGCCACGGCCCAGUCCCUGUGGAGGCCAGGACCGCCCCAGACACGAAACUGUCUCCCCGCCUGGGGGAGCUGACUGUGACAGAUGCGACCCCUGACUCCGUGGGCCUCUCGUGGACGGUCCCUGAGGGCGAAUUCGACUCCUUCGUGGUCCAGUACAAAGAUAAGGAUGGUCGGCUCCAGGUUGUGCCAGUGGCAGCCGACCAGCGGGAGGUCACAGUCCCAGGCCUGGAGCCCAGUAGGAAAUACAAGUUCCUGCUGUAUGGUCUGGCAGGCAGGAAGCGAAUGGGCCCCAUCUCUGCUGACAGCACCACAGCUUCCCUGGAGAAGGAGCCACCUCCCCGCCUAGGGGAACUGACCGUGACCGAGGAGACCUCCAGCUCCCUGCACCUGUCCUGGACGGUAGCCCAGGGCCCCUUUGAAUCCUUCGUGGUCCAGUACAGGGACACAGACGGGCAGCCCAGGGCAGUGCCUGUGGCCGCAGACCAGCACACGGUCACCAUAGAGGACCUGGAGCCUGGCAAGAAGUACAAAUUUCUGCUCUACGGGCUCGUUGGGGGAAAGCGCCUGGGCCCGAUCUCCGCCCUGGGAAUGACAGCCCCAGAAGAGGACACGCCAGCCCCAGAGUUAGCCCCAGAGGCCCCUGAGCCUCCUGAAGAGCCCCGCCUAGGGGUGCUGGCCGUGACCGACACAGCCCCAGACUCCAUGCGCCUCUCGUGGAGCGUGGCCCAGGGCCCCUUUGAUUCCUUCGUGGUCCAGUAUGAGGACACGAACGGGCAGCCCCAGGCCUUGCUCGUGGACGGUGACCAGAGCAAGAUCCUCAUCUCAGGCCUGGAGCCCAGCACCCCCUACAGGUUCCUCCUCUAUGGCCUCCAUGAAGGGAAGCGCCUGGGGCCCCUCUCAGCUGAGGGCACCACAGGGCCGGCCCUGCUGCCGCCAGACCUCAGGGAGCCGGACCCCGCUGCUCCCCAGCCUCCGUGCUUCGGACCUGCGUCCGGGGGCGCUGUACAGCCUGACACUGUACUGGGCUGCCGAGGGACCCACAAGGCUGACAGCAUCCAGGCACGCUCGCACCUCAGCCGCAGUGGGUGGGCGAGUGGUGGUGGCCUGGAGGAAUCUGCGAGUCCGACUUCCAUUCGGGGACGUAGAGGAAAAGGGGUGCUGGAGCCUGUGCUGGUAGCAGAGCCUCGCUUCAGUGAAAUCAGGGAGACUCAGCCAAGGUCAACCUGGAUGCCCCCGCCGUCGCGGGCGGACAGCCUCAAAGUCUCAUACCAGGCUUGGCGGACGGGAGGUUGGGGGGAGCCACAGAGCGUGCAGGUGGACGGCCGGGCCCGGACCCAGGAACUCCAGGGGCUGAUUCCCAGGGCGCCUCGCCUCGAGGUGGACCUGUGGUCUCCAGUCCGAGGCUUUGAGGAGAGUGAGCCUCUCCAGGGCUUCCUCACCACGGUUCCUGACGGCCCCAACCAGUUGCGUGCACUGAACUUGAAGGGGUUCGCCGUGCUGCACUGGAGCCCGCCCAGAAUUCCCGUUGAGGCCUAUGACGUCCAGGUCACGGCCCCUGGGGGGGUAGCAGGGCCCGCCCUCUGCAGGCCGGGCCCAGGCAGCGCGGUGGACUACCCCCUGCAUGACCUCGUCCUGCACACCAACUACACCGCCACUGUGCGCGGCCUGCGGGGCCCCAACCUCACCCCAGGCAGCAUCACCUUCACCACAGGGCUAGAGGCCCCUCGGGACUUGGAGGCCAAGGAAGUGACACCCCGCACAGCCCUGCUCACUUGGACUGAGCCCAAUCGGCCCACAGGCUACCUGCUCAGCUUCGACACCCUGGGUGGCCGGACCCAGGAGAUCCUGCUCCCGGGAGGUUCACCAUCUCACCAGCUCCUCGGCCUCUUUCCCUCCACCCCCUACAAUGCACGGCUCCAGGCCAUGUGGGGCGAGAGCCUCCUGCCGCCCGUGUCCACCUCUUUCACCACCGGUGGGCUGCGGAUCCCCUUCCCCAGGGACUGCGGGGAGGAGAUGCAGAACGGAGCCGGUGCCUCCAGGACCACCACCAUCUUCCUCAACGGCAACCGCGAGCGGCCCCUGAACGUGUUUUGUGACAUGGAGACUGAUGGGGGCGGCUGGCUGGUGUUCCAGCGCCGCAUGGAUGGACAGACAGACUUCUGGAGGGACUGGGAGGACUAUGCCCAUGGUUUUGGGAACAUCUCUGGGGAGUUCUGGCUGGGCAACGAGGCUCUGCACAGCCUGACGCAGGCAGGUGACUACUCCAUGCGCGUGGACCUGCAGGCUGGGGACGAGGCUGUGUUCGCCCAGUACGACUCCUUCCGCGUAGACUCGGCUGCGGAGUACUACCGCCUCCACCUGGAGGGCUACCACGGCACCGCAGGGGACUCCAUGAGCUACCACAGCGGCAGUGUCUUCUCUGCCCGUGAUCGGGACCCCAACAACUUGCUCAUCUCCUGCGCCGUCUCCUACCGAGGGGCCUGGUGGUACAGGAACUGCCACUACGCCAACCUCAACGGGCUCUACGGGAGCACAGUGGACCAUCAGGGAGUGAGCUGGUACCACUGGAAGGGCUUCGAGUUCUCGGUGCCCUUCACGGAGAUGAAACUGAGACCAAGAAACUUUCGCUCCCCAGCCGGGGGAGGCUGAGCUGCUGCCCACCUCUCUCGCACCCCAGUAUGACUGCCGAGCACUGAGGGGUCGCCCCGAGAGAAGAGCCAGGGGCCUUCACCACCCGGCUGGUGGAGGAAGCCUUCUCCGCCAGCGAUCUCGCAGCACUAUGUUUACAGUGGGGGGAGGGGUUCGUAUGGGAGCAAUAAAGGAGAAACUGAGG